AUGGCACCACCGAACGCAAAAGGAUCAUCGGCUCUUGAGGAAUUUGGAUAUGAUCUGACCAAGUUAGCAGCCGAAGGAAAACUCGAUCCUGUUAUUGGAAGAGAAGAAGAGAUCAGGAGAACAAUACAAGGUUGUAAGUAUUACCACAGAAAUGAUCAUGUCCCAAUUCAUAUCUGGUUAUUUACCCCAUGUCUACAACACGACAUCAGGUUGGCACGAAGAACAAAAAACAAUCCUGUGCUUAUUGGAGAGGCCGGAGUCGGAAAAACUGCCAUAGUCGAAGGCUUGGCUCAGCGCAUAGUCAAUGCAGAAGUACCAGAGAGCAUCAAAGAUAAAAAAGUGAUCGCGCUGGAUCUCGGUUCAAUCAUUGCAGGAUCUAAAUUCAGGGGAGAAUUUGAAGAUAGGCUUAAAGGGAUACUGCAAGAGGUCCAGGAAGCAGAAGGAAAGUUGAUUUUAUUCAUUGAUGAAUUACAUAACUUAUUGGGAUUAGGAAAAGCAGAAGGAAGUAUAGAUGCCGGCAACUUAUUGAAACCAGCCUUGGCUAGAGGAACAUUAAGGUGUUGUGGCGCUACGACGAUUGAUGAAUAUCGCAAAUAUAUUGAGAAAGACCCUGCACUAGCAAGGAGAUUUCAAUCGGUAAUGAUAACUGAGCCGACGGUCGAGGAUACGAUAUCUAUUUUACGGGGGUUGAAAGAAAGAUAUGAAGUACAUCAUGGUGUUCGCAUCAGUGAUAACGCUAUUGUCGCUGCAGCGACGUACUCUCAUCGGUACAUUACAGACAGAUUUCUUCCGGACAAAGCUAUUGAUUUAGUCGAUGAGGCAUGCUCUAAAUUGAGAUUACAGCAGGAGAGCAAACCAGAAGCCCUUGAGAACCUAGAUAGGCAAAUCAUCACUCUCAAAAUCGAGCUAGAAUCACUGCGUAAAGAAGUGGAUCCGGUCUCGCAACAGAGGAGGGAAAAGAUUCAAAAGGAGCUUCAGGCAAAAACACGCGAAUCAGAGAGAUUGAGCGCGCUUUGGCAAGAAGAAAGGGCCAAGUUGGAAGAAAUUAAGAGGGUAAAGUCUCAGUUAGAACAAGCGCGUAUUGAACUAGAAGCGGCUCAACGAAGCGGCAACUUUACUCGUGCAAGUGAAUUAGCCUACGGCGUUAUCCCCGACCUAGAAAAAAAACUUCCUGCAGACAUUGGUGAGGAUGAGACGCCUGAUUCACUGAUUCACGAAAGUGUUACGGCUGACGAUAUUGCAUUGGUCGUGUCUCGGAUGACUGGUAUUCCUAUUCACAAUUUAAUGAGAAGUGAAAGAGAUCGGUUACUUCACAUGGAAGAUAAGUUGAAAGAGAGAGUAGUUGGUCAGAACGAAGCUAUCGCGGCCGUUUCAGAAGCAGUGAGACUGAGCCGGGCCGGAUUGCAAAGUCCAACUAGACCCAUUGCCUCUUUCAUGUUCCUGGGUCCUACCGGUGUGGGUAAGACAGAGUUGUGCAAGGCUAUCGCCGAGUUUUUGUUUGAUACGGAAUCAGCUAUCGUCAGAGUUGACAUGAGCGAGUAUAUGGAAAAGUUUGCGGUAUCGCGACUUGUUGGUGCCCCACCUGGGUACGUUGGAUAUGAGGAAGGAGGAGAAUUGACAGAGGCAGUGAGAAGGAAACCUUUUGCUGUAGUGCUACUGGACGAGAUGGAGAAGGCGCACAGAGAUGUAGCGAAUUUGUUACUCCAGGUGUUGGAUGAUGGACACAUUACCGAUUCGCAAGGGCGAAAG